CAGCAGCAGCAGCAGCACCUCGUCUGGCUCCAGCUCCAGCUCUUCUGGAACAACCACGUCUGCUAGCACCACGGAUACGACCAUCACCAGCUCUUCAAGCUCUUCUUCUAGCUCUUCUAGCGCUCCGUUCCUCAACACCACUUCUAGUAUCGUCUUGAGGAAGCGUGGCCCCGACAUGGCCCAGCUCAUGAACCGCCAGAGCGGCGCAACUACCUACGUCGGAACCACUGGACAGGCCAACCCCACCAACUGCAACCAGGCUGCUGUCUUCAGAAUCAGCCCUUCUGGCACCAUCACUGUUGAUGGCUCUGCCCUCGGUGUCAGCCCCGGUACUCCUUUCAUUGCCCUGCGCUCCGGCAGCACUGGAUCGAUCACCGCGACCUUCACCAACACCAACGGUGUUUUCGCAUGGAAGAAUGAUGCGUUCACCGGAGGACAGGCUGGUUUCUGCCAGGACAACAGCGGUCAAGUUUACGCUACCUUCGGUACCACUGUCCCGCCUAACUGCACUCCGAUCACCUUGAGCGCCACUCCUCGCUCUUCCUGCACGGCAAGCGGCACCACUUCCAGCCUUCCCGCUUCUACCGCCGCUACCAACUCUGCGACCACCACUCCCGGCGGUGUUUCGGCCUCUUCUACCUUCAGCCCUGGAUCGACCCUUACCUCCAGCCCUACCACCACCCGCUCUGGCUCGACUACCGCUCCUACCGGUGGCUCUACCUUCGUCAGCGGUGGCUCGACCUUCGUUGCUGGCAGUUCCACUGGCAUCUCUGGUGGCUCUACCAUCGUCUCGGGCAGCUCCACGUUCGUUUCUGGCGGCUCUACCUUCGUCUCUGGAGGUUCUACCGUUGUCACUGGUGGAUCUACUAUUGUCAGCCCUACCACUGGCCCCGAUGGCGGCGCGACGACCGACAGCACCGCUGCUGCAGCUACCUCCAGCGUUGCUCCCAACCCUGCUAGUGUUGACGGCUUCUCUCUCUUGGGAUGCUUCAGCUCGACCAGCAGCUUCCCCACGUUCUUCCUGGCCUUGUCGGAUGCGUUGUUGACCCUCGAGAAGUGUACUGCUGCCUGCCCCGCCAGCUCCAGACUCGCUGCCUUGUUCGGUACCGACUGCUACUGUGGUGACAUCAUCGACAACACUCUCACCGUCCUCGUUCCCGAGAACCAGUGCAACACUGUCUGCCCUGGUAACCCUGCCCAGCGCUGCGGUGGUCGCGCCUCUGCCGUCCGCCUGGCCCGUCGCCAGAUCCCGACUGAUGUUCGUCUUACCGUCUACGUCCGUCUCGACGUCUCCCCGCCGGUUGUCUCCACCGUCACCAGCGUCAGCGUCAGCACCGGCGCCGGUACUACCGCGUCCGUCACUGUUGUCAACACCGUCACCCAGCCUGGCACCACCAUCACCGGUGCGCCGGUUCCUACCAGCACUGGCCCCAACAUUGCCGGCACCCUCACGCUGCCUCCCGGCCUGUACACGGCUGGCGCUCCUCUGCCUGGUGGCGAGGUUUGCUACGUCGUCACCCGAUCCUGGUUCAUCGGACAGACGUCGCUGCUCCCAGCCCUGCCCAUGGCUACCGCCUGAGCGUGACUUUUCCAGCACCGAAUCACGAAGUCAUUAGCAUAAGAUACAUGUACGGUUCACAUAUAGACUAGGUAGUUCUCUCCCGCGGCUUAUGGGAUUUGUGUGAAAUUUUGUUCUAACUAGCAUUGGGGAAAGGGAACAGUUACGACUUGUACGAACUGUAUCACUGGGUAAUAUCAGUAGAUGUUUUGUAGUUUAUGUUAUCUUUUGUCGUGAACUUGGUUUUGGAGAAUAGACGAUUAGGACCCCAACGUUUGCCUCACGCUGU